UUAGACCUACUCCAAAGUAAAGGUCUAGAAGUUCACCUGGCCGACUACGAACACAAAACCCCGUUACAUUGUUUGAAUGUCAAUGCGGAGUUGGCCUUGGUCAAAAAAUUGGAAUCGCUGAUUCCAGACGCAAGGCAAUGUCGGAGCAAUGCGAAGUUGCCUUGGGAAUGUUAUACGGAUACCAUCUUAGCCCAAGACUUUCAGUCGCCAUCUGUGGAUGUGCUGGAGUAUCUCAUCCAACCGAUGGUUACUCACUCAAACCCUUUCGAAGCGUCGAAGGUGUGGGAGCACUACGCUUCAAGAAUCGUGCAGGGCGCGGGGUGCACAUCUAAGUAUAUCGAUGCAGCAACCAGAUGUCUGAUACGUACAGGCAUAUUUGAGAGGUACGAGAAACAUAGGUCGAAAUCUGCGCUUCUACCGGUAGCUGAAGCCUGUUCGAAUGAGUGGUUUGUGGACCGUAGUAGUGUGAGGUACUUUCUUCUCACGGACGACACGUUGUGUUCCUUGUUGAAAGCUACAACCUACUGGAACGGCUUCCAAGACUCGCUUUGCGCCGUUGAACUUCUGAAAGUAUCUUCCACUCUCAACUACAGCAUGACAGUAGAUCAGCUGUUGAUACGAGGCAUUGGUGUCCAUCGCCGGUGCAAAGGGGUUUCCGCACUGGAAUAUAUUUGUGCAUUGCCAGCGGCCGAUGAAAACGACACUUGGAGAGUACGUCAGCUUCUUGAUCAUGCAGAUUCCAUGUGUUUGAACCAUACAAAUCCACGUUCCGGCUUGGGGUUGAUUCAUCUCUCGAACGAGGCGGAUGUACCACGGUUCAGGCGGGAAAUAGUUGAGAUGCUUUUAGAGCGCGGUGCUACCCCGGAUCUUCGGGUCAAUAUCUGGCCAUACUCAUCGGCUAUGGAUUACCACUUGUCUGAAAAACAUGCCUACUUGGCGGCUACUAUCCUCCGCCACGGAGCGAAUCCCACAAUCUCGUGCCGUUCUGGAUGGUCAGCGAUUCACGCGGCUACUGCGAGUGGUAGCGUAUCUUUCUUGAACGACCUUUUCGAGCAAAGAAACCCAAUUUGGGAGAUUGAUUGGGAAGGUCGGAGCGAUAGUCAAUCAUUCAAAGGCAUGAGACCGUUGCACUAUGCAGCCUCAUCAUCUGUCGGUUGCCUCCAGGUAAUCCUCGACAAGGUGGCUUCUAUCAGCCUGGAAGCCCCAUCGGAGAAUGGGUACACUGCUGUUCACUUUGCAGUGAUGAGCGGAGAAAUCAGCGCGGUUGAGCUUCUUCACGCUCGAGGUGCAAACAUCAACGCGAGGUCAGUUGAUGGCCAAUCAGCCCUGCAUAUUGCUGUUGCUAAAGGCAAUCUCGCGGCAGUCGAAAGGCUCCUGGAACUGGGCAGUGAAAUGACACCCGAUUGUGAUGGAAGGACGCCGCUGCUACUGGCGUACCAACAAAAUGAUCAAAACAUCAUCGACUGCCUUAGAGACCACGAUAGGAGCCAGCGCGGCGUGGUUUCGGCCGGUAUGCGUUCUGCAACUCUUGCCAAAGGGAUUUUCAGAGCUAUCCAAGCUGGGAACCUCUCUUCUUGUCAGGAGAUUUUUGCAUCACUGCCGACAGUGGAUAUAGACAUGCCUGCCAUAUUUGGGGGCCUUACAGCUCUUGGAGUUGCCGUAAGCUUUGGGAAACUGAACAUAGUAACUUGGCUUCUACAACAAGGUGCAAAUGCAAAUUACCCCUGCGGAAACGACAGUUCCAUCAUCCUAUCGAUGAUUUUACAACCCCUUUUGAAUCCAGGAUUACCAGCAAUGCUCGAGAGAUAUAUCGCGACCGGUGGUAGCGUUUUGAGAGAAUCAAGAUGUGUGGUAGCCGCGGCUGUGAGGGCGAAAAACGAAGAAGGGUUGGUACUACUUCUGGAUCAUCUGAAAGCAAAUGGGAAGCUUUAUGCACAUCGAGUUGGCGUAUGCUCGUCCGCAGCAUUGGCAUUAGCUGUCAACAGAAAGUGGCAGGGCAAGACACCCUUGCAUUGGGCGGCAUCUAUGAGCAACGUGCCCACAGCCCAGUUGUUAAUCGACAAUGGCGCUAAUAUUGAGGCCAAAGACGAUCUGGGAUUGACACCCCUCCUUGUUUCCGUCAUGGCAUCAGCUAGCGUUCAACAAUCAGCUGUUGUGCGAGUUUUACUCCAGGCUGGCAGCAAUAUCAACUGUCGCGACAAUGAUGGCUCUACACCGAUAGCCGAAGCAUGUAAACAUGGGGACCCUAGUGUCAUUUCAGCUCUGAUGAGCAGGGGAUCAGAUGUGCUUGUCAGAGAUCGUAGAGGGCGCAAUGUGUUGCACUGUCUCUUCUUCGGAAGAGAGACUGUUGAAGAAAACAGCGUGAGGCCGGCACUCUUCAUCAAGCUAAAUCGAAUGGGUGUCAAUCCAUUCGAACUCGACAUCUUCGGCUGCUCAGCACUUCAUCUGAUUAUUCACGACAAAUCUAUGACAUCCUUCGUGCUGAAUGAAAACAUGCGGAUUCAGGACGAAAGACCUAUGCCGUGGUCACAUUUGUUUUUGGCCCGGAAUGCUACCAACGCAACAUGCCUGACAACAGCCUUUGGGUUGUACCGUCGAAAACUGUCGACGGAAAAGUUCCGCACGUUUCUGAACCUCGAGGACGUCAGCAUCAGGAAUCCCCUGUGCUUCGCUGCAUCUAGAGGGCGAAUACAAGCCAUGGAAAACAUUUUGUCUUUGGGAAGUCUGAUAGACUUUGAGGGCUGUCCUGAGGGAUCCGCACUCAUGGCAGCAUCCAACGCAGGAAAUCUGGAAUCCGUCAUCUAUCUCGUUCGCCAUGGCGCGAGCAUCUCCUUCCAAGGCCACAACGACUUUCGGUCUGCAGUGGAGCUCGCAGCUACCUCACCACGGGUCCUUCGCUGGUUGCUUGUCGAUAGGUUCACCGACCAGAAGAAGCUCAACCCAUCUUGCCACGAAUCAACCUUCCCAUCGACAAAUUACAGACCUUGGAGCGGGAUCCAGAAAGCUGAGAUGAUAAUAUCAGGACGAUGGGAGCGGCAGUCAAAUGAGUCUUCUCGGCAAUACUGGGCACGUCUAUCGAGCAUGACAGAACAGCUUAGAGGCAAGUUCCUUCCUCCCAACACCGGGAAGACAACGCGGAGACAGUCGAAGCUGGUUCCAACAGAAUCUGUCAAGAUUGCAGUCGGUGGGUAUUUUGUUCCGUACGAUGCCUCGUUAGGAGAACGCGUGACGAGGAAGAGCAAGUGGUCGGAGUUGAGCUCGGAGGUUCGAGAAUGUCUGGAGCGUUACUGCUUAUGAUCUUGAGGGGAAUCUGUGCUAUUGCGUGGGAAUGAUCUACUUAGUGUCUCGUGGAGUUAUCGUUCAGGCUGGCGUAAGGUGAAAUUAUAGCUAU